AUGUCACCCGGACUCUCACAAACUUUUGGCUUUUCCGAACGUCAGGAAAGCUCAUCUAUUCUUGCCACUGGCUUAGACGAUUAUGACUGGGCUGAAGAUUGGAUUGAGCCAAACAAAUCAUUGCCUUCGCGAUGGCAGAUUUUGUAUCCAGAUAAAACGUCAUUUGCUCCUUCGUCUCAAUGGAAAUCACGUCUGACAUCCCUGUCGUCUAGUGUUAUUGGAGCUGGUACCGUGUUUGCAAAGCAUUUGAAUGUGGGCGAGUCAACUCGACGUGCAAUCAGCCAACUUCGUAAUGCUAUUGAUGCUGUCUCGUCUUCUCCAGAGGCAUCACCGAGAAGCCCGAUAGAAAUUCAGCACCAAAUAAGUGAAGCAGACAUUGAUUACUUGGGUGACAUGGUUGAUCAACCUGAAAGAGAGAUAGCUGAUGAUGAAAGUAUGGAUGUCAAAGCUGGAAAAACGAGAAAGAGCUGA